GUUUUGUUCACCGUGUCAUUAGACUCGGUUUACUGACUCUACUCUCUGAGGAAUGAUGCCACUGUUCAAAUGCUUCACUAUCAGUAAGUCACAUCCGAGUCUUACUCAGACUCACUGCUACUAGUAUCAAGGGAAGGGAUCACACUCAGACGGUCACCCUCCUGAUGACCUACUACAUGACGGCAUCCGUCAUGCGGCUCAAUGCUAGAACUCAACGCUCAACUGACAACACGAGUUUGAGAGAAAAGCCGAGGGCCUAUUAGAAACCGCAGGCGAGCCCACAUUUCAUAAUCAAGUGGACCUGAGGAGGAUUCUUCCGAGAAUAUCUUUAAGUCUUCCAUGCCUCAUGUGCGUAUCGGUGCCUACUCUUCCCACUCUAUCUUUACAAGACUCUGCAGAGGCUGAUCUCGUGUCCUUGAGUUCUACUACAUUCCAAUGUGUGCGUAAUGUCAGAGUGUAGCUCCAUGCACUGUGGCUACUAUUUGUGGAUUCAUUGUUUCUCAGGUGUUGGAGUUAUAACGGCAUCUCAGCUAGCCAUACUUUCAUAUAAUAUGUAUAUAUAAGCAGAGGACGAGCCCAAUCUCUCGCAUAUCAAGAUGAUUUUGUACCUCGCCGGCUGCGCUAUACUCUUUGUGCUAUUCCGAUGGCUCAAACGUUCCAUCAAGAGCUCUUUACCUCUCCCCCCAGGCCCUAAGGGUUACCCUCUCAUUGGUAACAUGCUCGAUAUGCCAGCCGUCGCUCCAUGGAAGACUUAUCAAGAAUGGCAUGGAGUUUAUGGUGGCAUCAUCUAUUUGGAUCUUCCUAGGAAGCCGACAAUCAUUAUAGGUUCCGUAAAAGUUGCCUUGGAUCUUCUCGAGAAACGCUCGGGUGUGUAUUCGGACAGGCAAGUUAAUGUGAUGGAUGAAUUGAUGACCUGGGACUUCAACCUUGGCUUGAUGCCAUAUUCUCAGAAAUGGAGGAAUCACCGUCGAAUGUUUCAUCAAUACUUCAAUCAAAAUGAAAUACACAAGUACCAGGCAGUUCAAAUUCGAGAAUGCCGAGCGUUCUUGCAGCAAGCAUUGGAUUCCCCGGAGAACCUAGCUCAGCAUGUUCGUCAGCUCAAUACUGCGAUAAUUUUGAAGAUUGUCUAUGAUAUGGACAUCACGGACAUGAACUACGAUUACGUUGGUGUAGCACAAGAAGCCGUGCGGGGACUAAGUCUAGGGGGAAUUCCCGGAGCACACUGGGUGGAAUAUAUGCCCAUCCUGAAGUACAUCCCGAGUUGGGUUCCUGGAGCGCGCUUCAAGAAGUUGGCAGACUACUUUAGGCCGUUCGUUGAGGCAAUGCGCAACAGGCCCUUUGACCAAAUCAAACAGGAUAUCGUAGAUGGAAAUGCUUCUCCUUCUAUCGCCAGGACCUUGAUUAAACGGCUUCAAGAUCAAUUUGCAGGGACACAUUUGGAGGCCGAACAGGAGGAGAUCGCCCGAAAUGUUACAGGUGUAGCCUAUGCGGCCGCAGCUGAUACUACUACGUCCGCUGCACAGUCGUUCUUAAUUGCAAUGUCCCUAUAUCCUGACGUUCAACGGAAGGCACAAGUAGAACUUGAUCAUGUUGUCGGUUCUGAGAGGCUUCCAGAUUUCAGCGAUCACGACGACUUGGUUUACAUUCAGGCCAUUGCUUUAGAGAGCAUGCGUUGGACUGUGGCACUACCUCUGGGUGUUCCUCAUAAAGUGACGCAAGAUGACGAGUAUAACGGCUUCUUCAUUCCGAAGAAUACGACUGUGAUUGCUAAUGCUUGGGCCAUGCUGCAUGAUCCUGAUGACUAUCCGGAGCCGGAGCGGUUCGUGCCCGAACGUUUCAUGAAAGAUGGACGACUGGACCCUAACGUACGCAGUCCUCUGAGUAUUGCAUUUGGAUUUGGUCGACGAAUUUGCCCAGGACGACACCUGAGUGGGGCAUCUUUAUUCCUCACGAUCGCGUCCGUCCUACAUACAUUGAACAUCCGACCCAUUCUUGAGGAAGAUGGAAAACCUGUUGACACGUCAGCGAUGAUGAGUACAGGCUUGGUUUCGAGUCCAGAAAGCAUUCCCUAUAUCAUUAGUCCUCGAUCUACCAAGGCCGAGUGUCUUAUUCGUGAAUGAUGUGUUGUGAAUACGAAUAGAUAGGACCUGGCGUUUUGAACACUUGGAGCGUGAAUGUCUUAUCAUCGGCCUCGAGGGCUGCUAAUCUACGAUAUGGACAUUAAAUAGCACUGAAGAUCCCUGGAAACGGUGGUUCUAAUGGAGUAUUCUUGACGUUUCUCACAGUGUUUACCAAUUGCGUGCCUUGUUGGUACCUGUUCUUCACUUCCUUCAAGCAAGUGCCCGCCCAGGAAAAUCUCAUGAUGCAGUGCUUCAUAAAUACGACUAUCGAUUUGUCAGAAUGCUUUCUAUAUUACGGAACCUUGUUGGAGCUCUAUUCCCACUGAAUGGAGCGUUGAUAGGUAUAUGUAUCAGCCUUGUAUGCGACUAAAGGGUGCGUGUUUGCUUGUCACUUGUAAAAUGUACUUUGUGCUGGCCGUUUGUGCCCUCUC